GUUCCGCAUUCAUUCGAAGGUGGAGAACAGAAUAUUAUAAAGGCGGGCCCUGACGGCUGACAGUCCCCAAAAAGUCCACAAAAUCUACAGGUGGACGCUUCCCAUUCGUAGUCCAGAGAGAGAGAGAGAGAGAGAGAGACAUGGAAGGAGCGACGGCGUCCUCGGGCCUCGCUGCCGCAGAGAGAGGCGCCGGCGGCAAAUUCAGGAAGCCCCCGGCGCGCAAGCCGCCCUCCACUCCCUAUGACCGUCCGCCGCCUGCGGCGAAUCAGUCCCAGGCUGCUCACCGGCGCGACGGUGGUUGGCUUUCGAAGCUUGUCCAUCCCGCUCGUCGCCUUAUAUCCAGCGGCGCUGCCCGGAUUGUUCCUUCUCUUUUCUCCAGACAUCCUCCUCGUUUGGAAGCUGCACCCGCCUCCAACGCUGGGGACCGAGAAUUAAAUGACAAUGCUAGUGCAGAUGAUAAAACAUGCACUAUCAAUCUUAGGACAUCCACAUUUGCUGGAGUAGAAGGUCCUAGUAAAGCAGCUGAUAAAUCAAAAUGCAACACAGACCUUGAUGAUCACAGAGAAAACAAAGCAGGCAGCCUGUCUGAUGAUGGCAGACUUCGUGAAAUUGAGCAGAUGUUGAAGGGGAAAAAAUUUUCUAGGGAAGAAAUUGAUCGAUUGACUGAGAUAUUGCAUUCAAAGGUUGUUGAUCCUUCUAAUGUUCAGCAGGAAAAAAAUAAUCCAACCAUGGAUGCAGGAGCACAAGCUGAAGGGAUAUUAGUGGCCCAAGAAAGCCAAAAAUGGACGGCUGAAAAAAAGCAAGAAGAUUUGAAUAGAGCUAUUUGGGGAACAUCAACUCCUCUUCCCCAGAAAAUUAAUGAAGAUGAAGUUGGUGCUUCACCAGUUGAAAUUGCAAGAGCCUAUAUGGGAACCCGAGUAUUGGACAUUGGCCUUGGUCCUAAGAGCACAAUAUCCAAAGAUGAUAAAGCUUUACUACAUGGUGAUGAAUUUGCAUCAAUGACAUUUGUUCCAUCUCCUCUACCUAAGUCGUCCAUAUGCUGGCCUGGUGCCAUGGUACAGGAACAGAGUGGGUAUUUAACCCCUCGAAAUCCAAGAGUCAGAUUUGGUUUACAUAAUUUGCCUCGAACUCCCUACUCAAGAACUAUUUAUUCAAAGUCUAAGGGCAAGGGUGAUAGCAGUCGGUACCCUGACAUUCUGUCAACUCCCUCACAGCAAUUGCGAACCCCAACAUAUGGACUGGCAAAGUCAAGGACUGAUGCAUUGAAUGAAAGCUAUGGAUCCGGAGGACCUAUUCGCAGGAUAGGGCAUAAGUUUGUUUCUGAAACUCAUAGAGGAUCUGUUUCUUUCCAUUCAACCCAAAAUGGUCCUCCGCAGGUGGGAUAUUCAACUGCUUCUGAGGAAUUUUUGCCUGCCAUCAAGAAUCAGUUGGAUUUUGGAGCAACAAGGAGCACGUCAAAAAUUCAGUCAGUGGAUGGUGCACCUGAUAGCUUGGAAGGAGGUGUUGCAACUGUUCAUCCACAGUCUAGUCAGUUGGCCAGGAGAAUAUUGGAGCACAUUGACAGAAACAUACCUACUCCCAAGGAAAAGCUGGCUGAGCUAAGUCUAGCCACUAGAUGGAGGAAACCUCCAUCUUCUGAAAUCACCACUCUUGUCCCUGAGGAAUGCAAUACUUCUAUGCAAUUGGGAGCAUCCGACUCCUAUAAAAAUACAGGUCAAGUUGACCCAAAGUUUUCUGCGAAAGGAAACAAGGAUAGAGGGAACUCUCUUAGUAAAAUUCAUGAGAGGUCAAGUGCAUCUUCUGGUGAAGUUCUGCGUGAUGCUGAUACAGCAUGCUGGGGCAAUGCAGGGCCUUCACUAGAUUUCAAGGAAACUGGUGAUUCUCAAUUCAACAGCUCAAAUGAGGUGACUUUGUUAGGGUUUGAUGGCAGUAGGCGGAAAGAGAAGAGUCAGCUGUGGCCUCUCCAUAAUCAAAUUAAUGGGCAUGAUGCUUCCAAGGUGGUUCCCAGUGUUGGUGGGCGUGGCAUUUUAAAUCGACAGAACAGACCUCCAUUGAACUCAUCAGGGGCUAGACCAGAUUUGGCUAUUUCUAUCAACAAACCUGGCCAAAGAUUCGCAGGUUCAUCUGAUAAUAAUUUAGGAUUUACCUUCCCAGUUUCUGCAUCACCUGAUGUAUUUUCUGAACCCCCAACACCAUCCAUCACACCGUCUUUCUCGGCCAGUGGUUUGCCUCGGCCUGAGGAGAAAAACGACACUCCGUCAUACAGUUUUGGUGUGGGGAGGUCUACUCCUCGCCUAGUUUUCUCUUUUCCUUCUACGAGCGAUACGCCUACCCACAAUGAUGCAUCUGACCUCAAGUUCAACUUUGGGUCUGAUAAGAAGGCUAGGGUAUCUUUCAGCCCAGUAGGGAAAAAUGCAGUUUGCUAUUAACUAAAUCAGUUUUAUUUUAUUUUUAUUUAUGUAUUUGUCAGCUGAAUCUGGAUCAAUUGUAUCUAAGAAAAUUUUUCAUAAGAAAGAAAAGUAGUUUGAGAUUGGUGCA